AUGAGAAAGUUCCUAGUUGUUUCCUUAUGUCUACUUGUCGUCAUGAUGAUUACUGUACGAGCAGCCAGUGAUGACGCAUCCACCGAUAGCAAGAAGGCUAACCCCAAAAAGAAGACCGGCGCCAGCAACAGCCAAGAUGACGACAGCGAUGACGAGAGCAAAGAUACCACCAAGAAGAUGGUAACCAAGUCUUCAAAUGCCACCACCAGUGCCGGAUCUGGCCUUGCAAUUGGAUGUAUCUUUAUGGCAUCUAUCGCAGCCUUCUCCCUGCUGUAA